AUGAAGUCCCAAAAUUUUGUAAUAUUUCCCUUAUGUUGUGUUUUAUUAAUGUGUGUACAUUCAAUAAAUUCGCAACUUCCGCUGGAAUGUUCAACGGGAUGUCAACCAAUACCAUCCGAUGGGAUAAUCACGACUUGCAGUAAUGGACUACCAGCACUCUUAGAGGGAACUUGUGAAUGUUGUCCUCCUGAUCCUUCUGUUCCUGGUGUUCCUCCUUCUUCAGAUGGUUCUUUUUCUUUUCCUAUCUCCUAA